AUGCAUAUAGCGUUGAAUACAGCGAUCAGGUUACAGGUCUCUAGUUUUUCUCAGACUAUGGUGGUGGAAUUCGGAAAAGUGAUGUUGAAGACAUCGGACGACGGUAUUUUUGGACUGUUGAGCCAAACAGUGAUGAUAUCGUUUAUUCUCAGUUGUUCAAAAGACGAUGUUGAUGAACCCCUGCCAAUCCCUCAGCACAGUGCCAAGACGGCUGGCCCAAAAGCUUGGGGGGACGUGCACCUCAGCUCGACGCCAAGACCUGGAGCAUCAUCACCAAUCCAAUUCCAAUCUCGGCCGGCUUUUGUCUCCAACCGACAACCGAAACACAAACCGCCCACCAUGAAGCCAUCCCACCUACUCUCCGCCUUCGCGGCCCUCGCAACAGCAGUCACGGCCCAAGAAUACGACGACGAUGUUACCUAUACCUCCCCUUCCACCGGGCGCAUAGCACCAGUCUACAUUCAACCCAUCUCGUCUUCCUCCCCGCCGGUCCUCCUCGCCGAACUAAACUACCACCCCUCUUCUUCCACCAACCCCUCCUCAGAGGAGGAUGCGCCAGCUCCAUCCGUCCUGAGCUAUGAACCCCCCGAAUUCGACCCCGAGACGAAGCUUGUUAGAGUUGGGGUGUAUGAUGAGAAAACAGGGAGAUGGGCCUCCUCGGCGGCGGUGGUGUCGGUGGAGAACUUUGGGCAGGGGUACCAGCCGAACUUUGUACUGAAUGUGGAUGAGAAGGGGGAGGAGGUGGUUGGGGUUGUGGUGAGGGGGGUGAGGGUUGAUGCUGGGCAGACGAGGAAUUUUGGGCCGAGGGUGGUGGUUAGGGGGAUGGAGAGGGGGAGGCAGCCGGGGUUGGGGAAGCCGGUUGUGCUGAGCGCUGAGGGGAGGAAGGUGGAGGUUGAGGAGAGGAGUUUUCUUCAAAAGUGGGUGGCGAUGAUGGAUGAUAUUAUGGGGGUGUGUGCUAACGUGAGAAUAGGUACUGGUGGGCGAUUCUUUUGGGUGCUGUUUUGCUGCUGGGAGGUGGUGGAGAUGGGAAAUGAGAGGUUUUGGGCAUAUCAUCAUGAGUUUUUGGCAUUCAUUAUGGCAUUUUCUGUUGUCUUUUUUCUAGGGGCUUGUGUCAUGGCGUGUGGUGGUCUGUUUGUGUAUUCAACAAGAGGGAGGCGCUGUUGUUGUUCUUUUCCAUGGACACGGACUGGUUUCUCUGAUCAAGCUGUCGCUCCUCUCUCUCUACAAUCACCCGUCCCGAUUCACAGGUCGGCGGCAAGCUGCCGCUCUAGACUUGUUGAUCAUUCGAUGGCCUUUGCGCGACGCAGCGCAGCGCGAGCCCUCACACAGUGGGCUAGCUGGUGGCUACUGCCGUCAGCUCUCGGACCCCUGUCAGCUGGUUGCCAGUGGUGA